AUGAAAAUACAAUUACUAUUAGUUCUUCUAAUAGCAGCCAAUACUCAGUCCUUUUUGGAAGAGUCAGCACAAUAUUACCAAACUCCAUUUGCUCCCAUCAUGAUCCAACAAGAUGGGUAAUAAUUGGAGAUUGAAACAGCAAUUGCUCCUGAAUAAGAAUAUGUCUAUGAUCCAGAGUCAGUAUUAUAAUCAGCCAAAGAAUAAUAAAUUUUGAUUGCUAGAAAUUAUGAAUAGAACUUACCUGCUAAAGGUGACUGCGUAAUAUUGUAUUCCGAGUGCAACUUUAGAGGCUCAUCAUUCAAGUAUUGCAAUAAACCAGAUGAAGUCUUGUCCUUUUAACUCCCCAUAUAAUCUGUAUAUGUUCCCAUUGGGUAUUGAUUCUACUUAUUAAAGAUCCUCAUUUUAAAUGACUGACGUCUAAGAGGGAAACAAAAUCAAUAUGUUAAUGAGCAAUGAUUGCAUUCCAUCUGGUUUACAUUUACCAGAACCAUAACUAUAAGAAGUUUAAGAUACUGGAAGCAAUUGGUUCAGCGAAUUGAAGGAUUCUGAAAAGGCCAUUUUGGAUGAAGGCGAUUUAUCAACACCAAAGAUAUAAUUCUUUGAUAAUGAUGGAAAUGUGAUCAGUAAAUUGUCAUAUGAUUAUUCCAUCAGGUAGAGAACAAUAUUAAAAAAUGGUUGAGGAGGAUGCCAAGAGAUCCUACGAAAUCUUAACUGGAUAAAUUAAUUUAGCAUCUCCAGGAGAAGAAAUAACAUAGUAAACUGCAACCGCUAGCAAUGUUGAAGAAAUGCCAGCUGAAAAAGAAGCAAAGCAAUAAUAAUAAUGAU